CUCCAAAGCCUACCUGCCUCCUUCUGACAGACGCGCGACUCCGAAUUGCGGAGGUGGCCGUUUCUGCCGCUGCGGCCGCCGGGGGUGCCGCGGGAACGUGAGUCACCUGGAAAACGGCUCCGUCUCCCCUCGCAGGAUUAUUUGGGGCCCUCCACCUCUUGCCCCAGAGCCCUUCUGCCAGGCCAGCACUGGAAGGAGUAUCACCAGCCUACCAACUCGAGUGCCUGGGAUUUGAGGUCCAGGAGAAGCCUUGAAAAGAUGUCUAACGACCCACCCCCUCCUUAUCCUGGAGGCCCCACAGCCCCGCUUCUGGAGGAGAAAAGUGGAGCCCCGCCCACUCCAGGCCAAACCUCCCCAGCUGUGAUGCAGCCCCCACCGGGCAUGUCACUGCCCCCUGCAGACAUUGGACCUCCACCCUAUGAGCCACCAGGCCACCCCGUGCCCCAGCCUGGCUUCAUCCCCCCACAUGUGAAUGCAGAUGGCACCUACAUGCCUCCAGGUUUCUACCCGCCUCCAGGCCCCCACCCACCCAUGGGCUACUACCCGCCGGGGCCCUACCCACCAGGGCCCUACCCUGGCCCUGGGGGCCACACAGCCACGGUCCUGGUCCCGUCAGGGGCUGCCACCACGGUGACAGUGCUGCAGGGAGAGAUCUUUGAGGGUGCGCCCGUACAGACGGUGUGUCCCCACUGCCAGCAGGCCAUCACCACCAAGAUCUCCUACGAGAUUGGCCUGAUGAACUUCGUGCUGGGUUUCUUCUGCUGCUUCAUGGGGUGUGAUCUGGGCUGCUGCUUGAUCCCCUGCCUCAUCAACGACUUCAAGGAUGUGACGCACACGUGCCCCAGCUGCAAAGCCUACAUCUACACGUACAAGCGCCUGUGCUGACGGAGCCGGCACUGGACUCCCUGCCGUCAGUCUGGCCCCCUGUGCUUUGUUCCCCACGCUCAGUGGCUCGCGUCCCCACUCCCAUUUCGGGGUGGAAGCCAUCCCACCGGUCCCCUGGAAGUCUUGUCCUUUCCACCUUGCCCUUCCCUGAGCAUCUGACUCUUCCGGCAAAAAUUCUGUUGGAUUGAAGGCCAAGGGUUAGCGAGUAUCGUCAGGGAGCUGGCACUGAGCUCGUAUGUCGCUGGUCUGCUUGGUGUUUGUCAUCAGAAAGAUCAGUUGGGAAGGGUCUCCCUGCUGAGGUCUCACUUCUCCGUUUCUGUACAAAGUACCAGUUUGGUCCCGAUUCUUCCUGACACCAAAAGCAGCCAGAGCAGUGGCUGGUUUCCCAGACCUGGGCCUGCAGUGGGCUGUGCUUGUAGCCACAGAUGUUUCUGAUCUGCUGGCUGAGAGCGGGGGAGUGACCUGAAGCAGGACAGGGUCAUAAGGCCAGGGUUUCUCCUGAGGUGCUAGAGGCGGGCAUGAUGGUCAGAA